AUGACUGGAACAUUCCGUACCGUAGGAGGCAAGUUCGCGUCAGUGCGCAAGAUUCGUCACCGCGUGACCGGGGAGGAGUUCGCGGCCAAGUUCAUCCGCAAGCGUCGGCGCGCGGCGGACUCAACGCGAGAGAUUCACCACGAGGUGGCCGUGCUCGCGCUCUGCGGCGGCUGCGACCGCGUCGUAAGGCUGCACGAGGUGUACGAGACACGAUCGGAGGUAGCAAUUGUGCUGUCGCUAUGCGCGGGCGGUGAGCUGCAACACGUACUGGACGCAGCGGAACGGCUGGCGGAGGCAGGCGCGCGGCGGGCGCUGCGGCACGCCCUCGAAGGACUGGCGCAUCUGCAUGCACGCCGCGUCGCACACCUCGACCUCAAGCCGCAGAACCUGUUGCUCAGUGCCGGCAAUGAGGAUCUCGUUAUCUGCGAUUUCGGCAUCAGUCGUGCAAUACAGCCCGGCGCCCACGUGCGCGAGAUACUCGGCACCAGGGACUACGUCGCGCCGGAGAUCCUGUCGUACGAGCCGUUGUCGCUGGCAGCGGACGUGUGGUCUGUGGGAGUGCUGGCGUACGUGUUGCUGAGCGGGUACUCGCCCUUCGCCGGCGACACCAAGCAGGAGACGUACCUCAACAUCGCGCAGUGCCAGCUCUCCUUCCCGCCGGAACUCUUCCGCGGCGUCUCGCACCGCGCCAUACAAUUCAUAAGGGAGACUCUCGUCCUAGAUCCUAAGGGUCGUCUUACAGUGGAAGAGUGCCUGGAGCACCCCUGGUUGAAAGACGAAGCCAGCCUUCCGCUCGCCAUCGAGGGCGUCGGAUAUUCGGCGACGCUCGCCAGCGACGCGGAGUCCGAUGAUGACACACACAGUGUUAACGGCGUCAACGGCCACAACGGUGUCAAUGGUGUCAACGGUGUUAAUGGUAUCAACGGCGUAAACAGUAUAAACGGAGUAAACGGAAUCAACGCAGUGAACGGUGUAAAUGGAGUCAACGGAGUGACGAAUGUCAACGGAGUCAACGGGAUCAACGGCCACAACGUCACGAACGGAUGCAACGGCACUAACGGCGUACACGACGACAAAGAGGAGUCCGAGUGCGAGGAGCGAGACAAGCGGCAGAAGCAUGCGCACGCGCGCGACAUCUCCCCGCCCUUCCCUGACGCGCCCUCCACGCCCAAGGUAUCACGGAAAUCGCGAGCGUCCCCGCCCUCGGUACUAGCGCUGUGCAAGAAGUUCCAGCCUGACUACGAGAAGCCGGCGACGCUGGCGCACGCGCACGCGCACACACACGAGCGCGCGGGCGGCGAGUGCGCGUGCGCGGGGGCGGGCUGCCUGCGUGUGCGCGCGCGUCCGCCGCCUGACCGCGCCGUGCUCUGCUAG